GUGUACUGUCCGUACUCAAUACAGCAAGGCAGUAGUGUAGCACAGAAUGCAGAGAACUUUAAGAUUUUAUUCAAACCUUGAGAAAUAUGGAUUCAGAAUUCAUCACGCACAGAUGUCUGGGUCUGUUGUCUCCGUCCUGGCUCCGGAUCCAGAUGGUCGCCUCCGUCUAGAUUCAGCAGAGGUUCAGAGAAUAUUCUCCAGAGAAGAUACAAGGAAUCUCCCUGUAUCUAUCAUAUCUGUAGCUGGAGCAAUGAGAACUGGAAAAUCAUUUCUUCUCGAUUUCCUUUUGAAGAAACUGCAUUCUAUGGAUUCUAUGGGAACUCAGUCUGAAACUUUUGAACCUAGUUUUCCAUGGAGAAGUGGAAUGACAAGGCAUACCACAGGAAUUCAAAUUUACACAGAACCGAUUAUUGUAAAUAAAAUGGCGGUUUAUCUCAUGGAUACGCAGGGAACAUUUGAUCACAGAACAACAGUUCGAGAUAAUAUGACGAUAUUUGCGUUGGCUUCCCUUACUUCAUCUCAGCUCAUUUAUAACCUUAUGCACAUACUUAGAGAAGAUCAUUUACAAAAUUUACAGCUGUUUACAGAGUAUGGUAGACUAGCUGCAAUAGAUUCCAAGUUUAAACCUUUUCAAAAACUAUUAUUUCUGGUGAGAGACUGGCAUUAUCCUCACGACGCAGGAUUUGGUUUGGAUGGUGGAAAUAUACUGCUCAAUCAAAUAAUGAAGGCACAGGAAGGUCAAGAUGAAAGUUCAAAACUUCUCAGAAAACAUAUUGAAACCAGUUUUGAGAGUCUUGGAUGUUUUUUGUUACCUUUCCCUGGUAGAUCUGUUGCUGAGGAUCCUAAUUUUACGGGACAAAAGGAACUUAUAGAUCCCCGAUUUCAUGAGCACCUAGAUAACCUGUCCAGUCUUCUACUGUCUCCACACUAUUUAAAACCUAAGGUAGUAGGAGGUAGAAUAAUAAAGACUGGAGAUAUGUACGACUACUUCAUGAAGUAUAUGGAAAUAUUCUCUGGAGACAGUUUACCAGAACCUAAGUCAAUCUACGAGACAACAGCACAACUUGUAAAUCUUCAUGCUUUAAAUGAAUCAAAGAUGCUUUAUGUUAGAGAACUAGAUGAACAUGUUGGAAAAUCAAGAAGAGUCGGAUCCGAACCUGAACCUGAACCUGAACCUGAACCCGAACCUGCUGAUGAUCUAACCAGUUUUCACUCCAAAACCUUGAAAAAGAGUAUCCGACAUUUUAACCAGACUGCAAAUUUUGGAGACGCGGAGAGAAAAAAAGUUUAUUUAACAUCCUUGGAGACAGAAAUACUGAAACAUUUUGAAACUGUGUUUGCUCUGAAUGAGGCUAAAAUUUUAAACUUGUUUCAUCGAGCCAAGGAGGUUUAUGGAGAUAUUAUGGAUACCAGGUUUCAAGGUUCCGGAGCUGUUCAUGUCAAGGACCUAAAAUCUUUUCAUGAGGAGGCAAGGAGAUCUAGUGAAGAGAAAUUUAGAAACAGUUGGGGUAAACCACUCUCUCUAGAACUGCUUUUACAGUUAGGGCAGUUUACAAAGAAAAGGUUUGGAGAAUAUGAAACCUUGAAUACAGCCCGGAUACAUCUGCAAAUACAACAAUACAAGGAGAGUUGUAUCAUAGAGUAUUGUAAAAGAAUGGAAACUGCCCUGGAGGGACCAUUUAGUAUCAGUCCCUUGAAGCUUGAGUAUGAACACAAGGCAGUAAAGAAAAGUAUUCUGGACGGGAUGUCCUUGAAGGAGAACUACGGGACUAAGAUACUGGAGGAAUCCUGCAACCAGGGGGAGAAGGUCCUGGAGGAGAAGGGUUCUCAGUUUCAGGCUCUCAACCAGGAGAAGAUGGUUCAUAAUAGGGUCAAAAGGACGAUCAAACAACUCGGGGACAAUGAGACUUACAGAGACUUGUGGAUGGAUAAAAGAAAACAAGGAUUAGUGAUCUCAGGAGUUGUCUCUUUUAUAAUAUUUAAAUCUUAUAUUGGAAUGUAAAUGAUGUAAAUAUGGUAAAUAAAUCAUACAAUUUGA